AUGGACUCCAAUACCCCCACUGCCCAAGAAGUCGAUGAGACAUUGAAGAGGUUAUCAUCUCGCAAAGGUGUCAAGGCAGUCGUCAUUCUCAACAACGAAGGACAAGCCAUUCGUUCAACAUUAGACGAGACUCUUACAAAGCAAUACGGUCAAUUGAUCUCGACCCUUGUACAGCAGGCACGCACCACAGUGAACACGCUAGAUGACCAGAACGAUGUUACUUUUAUGCGCGUGCGUACAAAGAAACACGAAAUCAUGAUUGCACCAGACCGCGAGUAUCUACUUAUUGUUGUUCAGAACCCCCAAGAAUCUAUUCAGCAAUAA